UGUGUGUGUGUGUGUGUGUGUGGAGCUGUAUUUCCACAUUGCGCUCGGACGGAGGGAGACACACCCUCUGAUCCGGAGGAGGAGACAGUCAGCCGGGACAGUUUGAUGGGAUGCAGAGAGGAGAAGGAGUCGUCGCUGUGGGUGAUGUUUGAAUCCUCAGUUUAAAAAAAAAGAAAGAAGCUUCAGGUCUCAUGAACUUCUGACAGAGAGCAGCAGCAGGGCUGCAGCAGACAUGCCCAUCACAGCCAAACACUGGACUCCUGAUCCCUAGUGACUGGUGUCACCAUGCCAACUCCCACAAUCCUCACAGCAACCAGGAGUCCUCGGAGAAGUUGCUAGGUUUAGAAGCCCCAUUUACAUCUGUGUGAGCCUACAUAAAGUCCUCCAGUACUGAGACAGAGAGAGACACCAGGAGGCAGACAUGGUUUGCCAGCUGCUGAUUUUCAUGCUACUGCUGAAUACGGGGCUCGUGGGUGGAUGUCUUUGUCCAGCAGCCACCAUUUUGUCCCAGCCUCCCUUUGAGGUUCCUGCAGACGUCUGCUGCUUGAACUACUCCGGCUCUGAUUUUAGUCACGUGCACUGGUCUGUGUUUACCAAUGAGACGAACAUACAGACUCUGGAUCUGUCUUCCUGUAAUAUCAGUUCUAUUAAUAUGAGCAGCAAAGAGGCCUCUAUGCUGCAGAAGGUUUACUUAAGUCAUAACAGACUAACGGCGUUGCCCAGGGAGUUUCUGGCAGGCCAGUCCAGGCUGACGGAGGUGGAUCUGAGUGGGAACCUGAUUCAGAAGCUUCCUGAAGGUUUUCUUGAGGACUCAAACAACCUCCAAAGGUUGUAUCUGCAGGGAAACAAGCUACGCUUCUUGCCAGGCUCUAUACUCCAGAAGCCGAGCUUGCAAAAGCUGGAUCUGGACGGGAACCCGUGGGACUGCUCCUGUUUGUUACUAAAAGGCGUAGAGGAAGGCAGGAAGCUGAACAGGACCACCAAGCUCGAGGAUCUGGUUGGGAACUUGACCUGUGUUACUCCGAGGCACCUCGCCGGCAUGACUGUGUUCUCUGUGAGGCUUAGCGAUGUGUGCCGCCCGGCCGGCCUCACCGCCCUCUUCAUUGUGCUGCCUCUGCUCAUCCUCUCCGCCCUGGUGCUCUGUUGGUGCUGUGGGAGGAAGAGGAAGAAGAAGGAAGUACCUAUAAGCACCUCAAAGAAGAAGAGAUCUUCUAGCUCCAGCUCCAAUGGCCAGAAGCAUCGCAAGAAGCAGCAACAAGCGACCACUGAGCAGAACAAAACUGGACACUGCAUCAACGAGGGGAUCCUGAAGAACCAGCUGCUGCUUCGCCCAGCAUCCACCCUCCUUGGCAGCACCAGGGACAUCUAUGAAGAGGUGGAGAUUAAGCUGGGCUCAGUGGAGUCUCUUCCUAGAGUCUCCUCACGUUGUUCCAGCUCCACGGAGGGGAGGCAGGGCUCCCAGGAGCCCGAUGGGGCCAGCAAGGCAGAGCUGGACACGGUGAGUGUGACAGAAGUGAUGAAGGACUCAGCUGACAGGGAGAAGGCUUACAUGACCCAGUCGACUGAAUACUACAGCCUGGUGCCGGGUAUUGAACUGGAGGACUCGGACCACGGCGAGUAUGAGAACGUCAGCCUCUCGUGACACCAUCGUAAAGGAAUAGUUUGACAUUUUGGGAGUUACGCUUUUGUUUUCUUGACGAGAGUUGGAUGAGAUGAUCUGCACAUGUUUCUCUACAUCUCUUUGGUGUUAAAUAGAAGUGCUCCCUCCAGGUAGGGACCAAGUUGCUGCCCCAAGCAAAGGAGCUCAAAUAUUGAGAUACUUGCGCGGUGUUGUAGUACUCAAAAUAAACCCAAGACUGGUCUCAUAACCACUUUUUGAAGGUCUCUGUCUCUCGCAAUCGUCUUUAUUGUAUUUUAUUUCAAGACCACAAAGAGGUCAUCUGCAAAACGGUGUCAAAACAGGCAGGAAGGCCUCAUCUAAAGAGAUUUGCUGAAUUUUAGCUACAUGUUAUCUACCUGAGUAGGCUAUAUUGACCCUCAAAGUCUUGGUCUUGACUCGGUCUCGCUUUAGGUGGUCUUGACUACAACACUUGUCUGCAGUCCUGUACCGGACUGUUGUGGUUCAGAGGGAGCUGAGCCGGACAGCAAAGCUCUAAGUCCAUUUUCCAACCCUCAAAUGUGGUCAUGAACUUUGGGUCGUGACCAAAAGAAUGAAAUCGUGGUUACAAGCAGCCAAAAUGAGCUUCCUCCGCCUGAUGGCUGGGCUCAGCCUUAGAGGAGCUUGGAGUAGAGCUGCUGCUCCUUUGUGUUGAGGUGGUUUGAGAAUCUGAUUAGGAUACUUGGGUGCCUUCCUUUGGGGGUAGACCCAACACUCACUGGAGGAACUAUAAAGCCCAUAUAGCCUGGAAACGCCUUGGGAUCCCCCAGGAGGAGCUGGAAUUCGUUGCUGGGUAGAGAGAUGUCUGGAGAGCAAUAACCUGCCCAGAUAAACGAAGAAACUGGAUGCAUGGGUUGCCACAAAAUGUUGUUGUUUUAAUCACUUUUUUUAUCACCUCCGGACUCAUAAACAAGUCUCAUCUAACUCUCGGAAAGAAAGCAGAGAAGCCCUAAAAUGUCAGAUUAUUCCUUUUUAUGCACUGAACAUAGACAGACACACACACGCAGACUGCCUGGUCUAACCACUGUGGUAUCACAAUGUAAGAGGAAGUGAUUUAAUCUGGAGCUUUUCCUGUGGGACCCGAGAAACGCAGUGAGGGUUUGAAAAGGAGGCCUCCCCUCGUCUCUUUUUAUCUCGCUGGAAAAAUAAAAUCUAUUUUGAACAUAUUUGAUGUUCCACUCCAUGCAAAUGUACUCUUAAAAACAUAUUUUCAAUCACUGUGCUUACUUAGGCCAUGAAGCUUUUGUGUGUACCUCACCCAUCUGUAAUUGUCUCAAUGCAUUCCAGGUUGUAUUAUUGUACAUACAGGAUGUUCUGGACCUUAAGCUGCACAUCCAGAAAUGUAGGUGGUGAACAAUGACUAAUCCCAUUGUAAUGUUCAAAGUUAAUUCAACGUGAGAUGAGGAAUGUAAAGCUUAGACGAUAAGUCUAAAUUUAAAUGUCACUGUUAAGCAAGGAUAAAAGGAGAGACGCUUGCUAUUGACACACUGAAAAUGUGCACAUAGGUUGGAAAAAAAAUGCUGGUUAAUGCUGGUUUAAGAUAAAAAUCUCUGGUAAACUGAGACGUGGAGCGUUUCUGCACGGCGGUGCGACAACAUAAGUGACACUGGAGAGGACGGCAACACAAAAGGACAAACACCGAGCAUCAGGGUCAGCGUGGAGGUGCAGGAUGCAGGCACUCGAUUGUUAUCUAAGAUGUGGAAAAUAGACGGACGUUUCACUCUCACACAUGCUGGGGCUAUGAGUGCUAAUUGAUUUGUGUUUAGAGAUGUGGAGAAAGUGGGUGCAGCUCAGGGUGUGGAGCUUCCUGGAAUUUAACUGAGGUGUAUUUUCCAGACGGGUUUUUACAGAUUUUCUUUUUCCAUCAAAGCUUUAUUUAUCGACAUUGUUAAGUUUACCGCAUUGAAAAUGCCAAAAGGUCAAAAGACAAGCAUACAAAUGAGUGAAUGUUGUAUUUUGUUAACAUGGCUGUUGCUACUUGACUGAGGUUGUGUCCUUUGUAGUUUCUUUUUUUUUUAAAGAUGUUUAAGCAACUUGUGGUAGCCGUAUUCUUUAAUUAGCUUGUUUUCCUUUCUCAAACACACAACAUAAGCAGUUUACAGUGAUAACAGUGGCUGUAAAAAAGGGUCUUGAAUAAGCACCUGAAAGCAACACACAUGCAUAUAACGCUAAUGCAAAAACAAAAAUGAGCCUAAAGCUACAAAAAUACCAGCAAAAAACUGAAUGUUAGCUAAGAUAUAGCCUUUUGUAGCUUGCUAAGCUAUAGCUUAGCUAGUGAACGUAGUUAUGGUUACUAAGCCACAAUCUAGCUACCUUGUUAAGCUAUAGCUUACUAGUUAUGUUAGCUAUAGCUAUAGCCUAGCUACCUAACACACCUGCUCAUGGUUUAGCAAACAACCAAUUAAAACUUUACACAAGCAUACAGUUGCUAUGCUAUAGCCUAGCUAGUUUGCUAAGCUAUAAUUGAGCUAGUUUGCUAAGCUAUAGUUGAGCUAAAUAACCUAGUUACAGUUGCUAAGCUAUAGCCUAGCUAGUUUGCUAAGCUAUAGUUGAGCUAGUUUGCUAAGCUGUAGCUUAGCUAGCUAAACUAGUUAGAGUUGCUAAGCUAUAGCCUAGCUAGUUUGCUAAGCUAUAUCUUAGCUAGUUUGUUAAGCUAUAGUUGAGUUAGUUUGCUAAGCUAUAGUUGAGCUAAAUAACCUAGUUACAGUUGCUAAGCUAUAGCCUAGCUAGUUUGCUAAGCUGUAGUUGAGCUAGUUUGCUAAGCUGUAGCUUAGCUAGCUAAACUAGUUACAGUUGCUAAGCUAUAUCUUAGCUAGUUUGUUAAGCUAUAGUUGAGCUAGUUUGCUAAGCUAUAGUUGAGCUAAAUAACCUAGUUACAGUUGCUAAGCUAUAGCCUAGCUAGUUUGCUAAGCUGUAGUUGAGCUACUUUGCUAAGCUAUAGCUUAGCUAGCUAAACUAGUUACAGUUGCUAAGCUAUGGCCUAGCUAGUCUGCUAAGCUAUAGUUGAGCUAAAUAACCUAGUUACAGUCGCUAAGCUAUAGCCUAGCGUGUUAUAGCAAACAAUCAAUUAAAACUUGACACUUUGUGGGUAUUUCCAUUAUUACUAAAUUUAACUACUUUUAGGAAACAAAUAAUAAAUAAAUAAGUUCCUAAUUGCUCCCACAGAAUUUCACUCCUCGAGUAAAUGUGUUGAAACAGCGUUUAGACCUUUGUUUUGGGAAAUAAAAUUAUAAUAAAUCAUUGUAACUGUUGUGAAACCUUUUCCAAACAUGACUGUGUCAUUUGAGGAAACAUUAGCUACCAAAAAAAACAAAUAGAGUAGCAUGAAGAGUCGUUGUUUGGUGAAACAAAAUGGGUUUACUGGUAUGACACUGAAUAAAAGCACUGAUUUUCAUCAUUUUCAUGUUUAUCUGGGCAGAUGCACUA